AUGGCUGCUGCCGGGCACGCCGUGGUGCCCAAGUUCGGCUCCUGGGACGCCGAGAACAUCGGCUACACCGUCUUCUUCGAGAAGGUGCGAGACAACAAGGCCCCACCGGCGCCCGCUCCCAAGCCUUCUGGCGGCGGCAACGGAGGCUACGACUUCGAUCCGUACGAGCACUACGAGAGCCUCAGCAGGAAGGUGCCGUCACGCCCGCCGAGCUCGCACGGCCACGGCCAGCCCGCCGCCGCAGACAGGGCGCCGGCGCCGGUAGUGGCCGGUGCCUGCUACGACUUGGACCCGUACGAGCACUACGACAGCCUCAGCAGCAGGAACGUGCCCUCCCGCCCGCCAGGCUCGCACGGCCACGCGCCUGCUGCCGGUUACGACUACGACUUCGACCCCUACGAGCACUACGAGAAUCUCAGCGCCAGGAACGUUCCUUCCCGGCCGCCGAUCUCGCACGGCCACGCGCCGCAGCCGCACCACCGGCCGCACCCGCACCCCGGGCACGGGUACCACCGCCGGACCGGGAGCAACGGCAGCAAUGCCGCGUCCGAGGCCAGCAGCCGCGGCAGCAAGUUCUCGCCGCCAAGGCCGUACCAGCCCAGGUACAUCAGCAACGAUAACAACAACGUCAGCUUCCCGCCGCAGCCGCAAGGCGGCGGCCAUGGCGCCCAAUACCACCACAAUCACCACCACCACCGCGGUGCGCCGAGGGCAGCUUCCGCCUCGCCGUCGCCGCCGCGCCACCACCACCCGGCCCCGCCGCUGCUGCCGCGGCGCCCUAAGCCGUCGGCCGUGCCGAGGUUCGGCGUCUGGGACGAGCAGAACGCGGCGAUGGCGGCGCAGGGCUUCACGGUGCAGUUCGAGAAGGUGAAGCGCCACCGGGAGGAGGCCAGCAGGACCGCACCCGCGCCGCCGUCCGUGCAGCCGCCAACGAAGCUGCUGACGCCUGACCACGCGGCGGCGGCACCACGCGCGCGGCGACAGGGGAAGAGGAAGGCCGAGAGGUCCUUCAUGUCCAGGAUGUACAGGUGCCUGUUCCCAAGGGUCAGAGAGUGA